ACACUUCCAAUUUCAAAAUCCCCAAUCUCUCUGAAAACCCUAGAAAUCUAAAUCCCCCAAAUCCUCAGUUCCCAAAUGGCUCGUACCAAGCAAACCGCCCGCAAGUCCACCGGAGGCAAGGCCCCACGCAAGCAGCUCGCCACCAAGGCCGCCCGGAAGUCUGCUCCGGCCACCGGCGGAGUGAAGAAGCCUCACAGGUUCAGGCCAGGAACCGUCGCGCUCCGCGAGAUCCGCAAGUACCAGAAGAGCACUGAGCUUCUCAUCCGCAAGCUCCCGUUCCAGCGCCUGGUCCGUGAAAUCGCUCAGGAUUUCAAGACCGAUCUGAGGUUCCAGAGCUCCGCCGUGGCUGCGCUGCAGGAGGCGGCGGAGGCGUACCUUGUCGGGCUCUUUGAGGAUACCAAUCUGUGUGCUAUUCAUGCUAAGAGGGUUACGAUUAUGCCGAAGGAUAUCCAGCUGGCUAGGCGCAUUAGGGGUGAACGUGCUUGAGGUUGAAUUGAAUCAAAUGUGUUAGUACAGAUGGAGAGGUUGUUUCAAUGAAAUGGUCAUGUUGGUUUUGAGUUUUGUUUGGUGUUAGGGUUUAGAUGGUUUAGGGUUUCAGGCUUAAUGUAAUGUAAUGGGUUUAUCUUAUGAAUGAAAAUGCCUUAUUUUCCACA